AUGACGAAAACUCUGAUCCAAGAAGUGGUGACUGAUUCAUCUUCCUGGAAGAGAAGGAUCGUGAGGAUCAACUCCUUUCAUUCUCCAAGUUGCAAGAAUCUCAAUCAAGAUCAAUUCUCAACAUGGUACCAAAACAAGGUUACAGUCUUAAUUGUGUGUGUAGAUGAUAUCAUCAUAACAGGAGAUGAUAUUGAGGAGAUUAAAUGCCUUGGCCAAAAUCUAUCUAGGGAAUUUGAUAUCAAAUCCCUAGGAAGGUUAAAAUAUUUCUUGAGAAUUGAGGUUGCAUAUUCAAAAGGUGUAUUCCUUUCACAACACAAGUAUAUUCUUGAUUUACUUCAGGAGACUGGAAAAUUGGAGUGUAAACCUGCUGACACUCCAAUUGAUCCUAACCUAAGUUUGGGAGAAGGUAAAGAAUCUGAUCAGGUGGACAAAAGCUCAUAUCAACGGUUGAUUGGGAGGUUGAUAUAUCUAAAUCAUACCCGUCCAGAUAACAUUUGCAGUGAAUGUACUCAGUCAGCAUAUGAAUGA